AUCCCAUCCAUUACUCAAAAAAUAUUAAAGCAUCAAUGGAGAAAUCGAAAUAUUCCCUAAUUAGCUCCAAUAUGUUUCUUCAUCUUCUUCUGGUUCUAUUAUUAGUCAUACAAAUAAGUCCCCUGCAAGUGCAAGCUGCUGCAACAGUUAAAUUUCUUCCCGGAUUUGAAGGUCCUCUUCCUUUUCAUCUUGAAACCGGGUAUGUAGGUGUGGGUAAAGAAGAGAAACACCAGCUAUUCUAUUAUUUUAUUAAAUCAGAAUCAGAUCCUGAAAAUGACCCUCUUAUAUUGUGGCUCACUGGGGGACCUGGUUGCUCUUCUUUCAAUGGAGUUGUCUAUGAAAUUGGGCCAAUAUAUUACACACAAAAAAAGUACAAUGGGAGCCUACCAACACUUGAACUGACUCCAUACUCCUGGACCAAGGUUGCAAACAUAAUUUUCUUAGAGCAACCUGUAAAUACUGGAUUUUCUUAUGCAACAACACCAGAAGCAAUGCAUGUCAUUGAUGUUGAUGCAUGUACGCACGUCUAUGAAUUCUUACUUAAGUGGUUGGUUGAUCAUCCAGAAUUUAGUUCAAAUAAUUUUUAUUUGGGCGGAGAUUCAUAUUCCGGCAUUGUUAUUCCACGUGUUGUCCAACUGAUAUCAGAUGGAAUUGAAGCAGGCAACAAGCCUUUGAUUAACCUUAAGGGUUAUAUACUCGGAAAUCCUUUGACGUUUCCUGAAGAAAAAAAUUUUAUGAUUCCAUUUCUUCUUGGCAUGGGAAUCAUUCCUAAAGAUCUUUAUCAGUCAAUGGUGCAAAAUUGUAAAGGAGAAUAUAGAGAGGACUUUGCUCCCACUAAUGCUCAAUGCACACAAGAUCGGGAUAUUUUGGACGAGCUGUUGAUCAAUAUUAAUGAUCAACAUAUUUUAGAACCCUUGUGUGGAUCAGAAACUGAAUUGAGAAUGCCAUUUCCAUCUACAUUUCGAAGGAGAAGAAGAUCUCUUGAAGAGAGUGGCAUCUCAUCCACUUGUUAUGGAAGGCUUGUUGAUAGACACGACCUCUCGAAUCAUUGGGCAAAUGACCCUCGAGUCCUGAAAGCUCUCCAUGUUCGAAAGGGAACUAUAGAUCACUGGGCAAGAUGCAAGCAACAUGGUAUUAAAAAAUACUACACAUUUACCUCUAUGGAUAGUAUUCCAUAUCAUAUAAAUCAUAGCUCUAAAGGUUAUCGAUCACUUAUAUACAGUGGUGAUCAUGACAUGGGUGUACCAUUUCAAUCUACAGAAGCAUGGAUUAAAUCACUGAAUUAUUCAAUUGUUGAAAAUUGGCGUCGAUGGAUAGUUAAUGGUCAAGUUGCAGGAUAUACAAGAUCUUAUGCCAAUAAGAUGACAUUUGCAACAGUAAAGGGAGCAGGACACGUAGCCGCUGAGUACAAAAGGGAAGAGUGCUUUAAUAUGUUCAAGAGAUGGAUAUCUCAUGAUCCUUUAUAAGCUAUUGAAACUAUUAGCACGAUCGAUCCUGGUUAGAAAUAUUUAUUUGAGUCGAGAAUUUAUUGAAAAAUAAUUUUUUUAUUUUUACAUGAUAAGAAUAAGGUCUACGGACAUAUUAUUCUCUCAUAAUAUUGUGCAUGGCAGAACAUAUGCAAUUGAACUAUAUUGAAGGAGUUUCAAAAGUGUGGAUCGUUUAACUAUA